GGCGCUGAAGUUGUCCGGCGAAGCGCACCGCCGAGUCCGAAGCCACUCCACGGUGCGUAAAAGCAAAAAUGUUGCUGUAAUUCCGUUGCAGAUAUCUGACAGGACGUCUCGCCUGAUCGUCAUCACGUUGUGGUGAUUUUUCAUCCCCGAGGAACAUCUCCGAGAUCCGAUGCAUCCAUGAAUCUCACCGGGAAAACAAGCAUCGUUCUCCGGCUGGUGCUGGUGCUCCUCCUCGCUGUGCAAGGCUGUUUUGCAUCCAAAGCUGAGGACCGAUUAUUCCGCAGGUUAUUCCGAAGGUACAACCAGUUCAUCCGACCAGUGGAGAAUGUGUCUGAUCCGGUCACGGUGGAAUUUGAGGUGUCCAUAUCUCAACUGGUCAAAGUGGAUGAAGUCAAUCAAAUUAUGGAAACAAAUCUGUGGCUAAGACAUGUGUGGAACGACUACAAACUGCGAUGGGCUCCUGUGGAGUACGACGGAAUCGAGUUCAUCCGAGUUCCAUCCAAUAAGAUUUGGAGGCCUGACAUCGUUUUGUACAACAAUGCUGUGGGGGAUUUUCUGGUGGAGGACAAGACCAAGGCUCUGCUGAAAUUUGAUGGCACCAUAACUUGGGUUCCUCCGGCUAUUUUUAAAUCCUCCUGCCCCAUGGACAUCACCUACUUCCCUUUUGACUACCAGAACUGCUCCAUGAAGUUUGGCUCGUGGACCUACGACAAGGCCAAGAUCGACCUGGUGCUCAUCGGCUCAAAGGUGAACCUGAAAGACUUCUGGGAAAGCGGAGAGUGGGAGAUCAUCGACGCGCCCGGUUACAAGCACGACAUCAAGUACAACUGCUGCGAGGAGAUCUACCCGGACAUCACCUACUCCUUCUACAUCCGCCGCCUGCCGCUCUUCUACACCAUCAACCUCAUCAUCCCCUGCCUCCUCAUCUCCUUCCUCACCGUGCUGGUCUUCUACCUGCCCUCCGACUGCGGCGAGAAGGUCACCCUGUGCAUCUCCGUCCUGCUGUCCCUCACCGUGUUCCUGCUGGUCAUCACCGAGACCAUCCCCUCCACGUCCCUGGUCAUCCCGCUCAUCGGCGAGUACCUCCUCUUCACCAUGAUCUUCGUCACGCUCAGCAUCGUCAUCACCGUCUUUGUGCUGAACGUGCACUACCGCACUCCCAUGACUCACACCAUGCCCGAGUGGGUCCGCUCCGUGUUCCUGGGGGUGCUGCCCAAAGUGAUGCUGAUGAGGCGGCCCCUCGACCAGGGUGGUCCGUCCCCCGCCAGCAUCACCGUCGGGACCGGAGGCGGCGGAGGGAACAAAAAGAGGAAGAACAGCGUGGGAAGCGGAUCAGGAAGCGUGAGUGUAGGCGGGAUCACAGGAGGCGUGGCGUGCCCGCCGCUGGAUGGUGGCGCCGGAGGAGGGGCCUCCUCAGCGGGCGGCUCCAUGAACUGCAUCGAGUACGGCGACGUGAACCGUGACAUGAAGCGGGAUUUGGGCCGGAGGUGCCCCUACAGAGGCAAGGAGGUUCCGACGCCUGUCCCUCCCACGAUGGCGCCCCCUUCAUCUCAGGGCGCCCAGCAAAGGCCCCCCGAGUCGGAGCUGCCCAAACUCCCGAGGGCCCUGAACGCACCAUCUCCGGUGAACGCCGUUGUGGCGUUCUCUGUGGUUUCACCUGAGAUCAAGCAGGCCAUCGAGAGUGUCAAGUACAUCGCCGAGAACAUGAGGACGCGCAACAAAGCCAAAGAGGUGGAAGACGAUUGGAAGUACGUGGCCAUGGUCAUAGACAGGAUCUUCCUGUGGGUCUUUGUGACGGUUUGUGUGCUGGGAACGCUGGGACUCUUCCUUCAGCCGCUCAUCAGCUUCUUUAAAUGAAAGACACGCUUUGUCCUUCUCUUUUUUCUUCUUCUCUCCUCGUGUCCCCGUCGAACUGCUGUGGGGGGAAAUCAUCGCCCCCGCAGCCUUUCACGUCACCGACUGGACCGACGCCGUUUGUCCUCCUUCUGCUUGUUCCUCACUCGGCUCUCCUCGCUGUCAGCCGUGUGUUUCUGCACUUGACUUCCCACGUAAAUGUUUAGGAACGUUCACUCGUGGUGUCUGUCCUCUUGGUUUCUCUGGGCCGUCGUUAUCAUACGCUAGAUUAACGAUCACGGCGGUAAUCCCACUGUGUUAUCUUCAUGCUGAUGUUUCUUACAGAUCUUCUUGAAAACCUGGAGGAGCACAAACUGAACAUAUAGUAACCCGAGAUGUCAUCAGUAAGUAUUACUGUAGUACUUAACCUGCGUCUUCUGUCAGCGCACUGACUCCAUAUGACCAAAGAUAACUAAGGUCAAAGGUCAGGUUUUUAACAUUCAGGGAUGAAAUCAAGCACAGUGACGAUUGUCAUUUUAUUGUUCAACAAGCCACGUAAAGAAACAAAUCAAAUGUUUGAGCUCCGAAGUCACAAAACACAUUCCCAACUCAUCCGACGUAGAUCCCCCUUAGAACCUCAGCUGUGUCCUCUUGUCAAUCGCUAACCUCGUUAUGGACCUCAUUAUGUCUUACUAGUUAGCAAAGAGUUCUGAUUCUGAUGUUGAUACCUAAAUCACAUAAAAGUGUUUUCACAUGAUUGUUUUUCCACAAAUGUAUCCUUGUACAAAUCUUUGGUCUAUACGGGUGGUAUAACACAGUCGUCCCUCCUUUAUCGUGGUUAAUUGGUUCCACACCUGACUGCGAGUAAGAAAUGGAAUAUUUUCAUAGAUCAUAGAUUUUGUAAAUAUGGUUUUUACCAUUACAGCCCUGUAGAGAUGAAAUAAGACCCAUGAAGUCACAUAGCAAACAAGCCUUGAAUUUAAUUUACUUAAAAAUUUACCACUUCCACACUGGAUGGGAGGAGAACAUUUUUCCAAUCAUGCCCUGGUUGACUUCAUGAUCGCAUGCAAUGUUAAGGUAAUGUCAUGUAAGCUAAUGUGUUGUGUCGUUAUCGUCUACCACCAAACGGCCAUCAUUCGUUCGUUCGUUAAUUGCUGCUAAAACUUGAUAAAGCGAGGGAGCGAUAAUUGAACCGUGAUAUGGAGGGACGACUGCAUGGCUUUUUCUUUUCUCGAGAAAGAAAUCACAUUGAGUAGAAUUCUAAUCACAAUGGAAUCCCUCCAUGUAUACAAAGCACUUUGCAAUACGCGACGGAAUUAAACUUGAAAGCCAACAAUGAUGUGUGUCGGUGUGUCGGGAGUUGUGUAUCGGAAGAGAGGGCGCAGUAAUGUCGGGAGUCCAAAUCCAUGCCUUGCUGUCAAGUAAAGGAUUAUGUUGUUUAAAUACACUGAGAGAUAGUCAUGACAUGAUGACGUGUAGCGAAGCCUGCCUUUUCUUAUUUGUCAAAGCUCUUCUUAAUGUUUGUUUUUGUGGACUCCAUCUCGUGUUUCGUCUCGUCUCAUGAGUUGAAUGACACAUGUUACAUUAUUAAAAAGUCGGUAUUGCAAAAUCGGGGCCCUUUGAAGGCAACACAGCUGCACAAGUCGCUGGUAUUUUUUUUCCAAAGUCAACUGUCCCCCGAUGGCGGACAAAGCACAGCACAGCACUUUUCUCUAUUUCUUCUUCCUCCCUCCCUCCAUCUAUCAGAGGUCACAGCUCAGCCCGAAUGCGCCUGUCAGCACCGAGGAGGUUCUGCUGGCUGCUUACAUUAGACACAAAUUUCCCCUCAAGUCCGAUUGCAGCCUGGCUGUAAAUGGGCCCCCCCCCCUGUGGCUCUCUGCAACUCCACCAGUCACACUUAAUCCCCACAUUGCGUGCGGCACGUGUGUGUGUGUGUGUGUGUGUGUGUGUGUGAGAGAUCUGGGAGGGCAGAAGGAAGACCGCACAUGUCACCUAGCCAAGUGGGAAAGUGUUAGAUUCCCCCUCUGUGUGUUUGUGUUGACGCGCGGCUGCAGGACGUUUGUGGUGUGUUUGUGGAUUAGGCGGCGAGGAUGUAGUCGAGUUCUAAAUACAGACCAGAUGAAGCGGGAUCCCAUCAGUCAAGCCGCCACAGUAUCAAGACACUCGUUUAUAUUUGGACGCCAUUUGGGCCACAAUUUGCAGACCUCAAGGUCAAACAAACGAAUCUGGAUCAGCACCGGUUCAUCAUCGACUAGGAAUAAAGAAUAAAUGUAAAAACAUCAUCCCAAGUGGUGUCUUCCCAGUAAUGUAUAUCUUGGGGGAGGGGGGCUCCUUCCGAAAGCUGCUCCGACCGCGUUAAUGGGAAUUUGUAAGUGGGGAAAUGUGUGAUAUUUUCAAAGCUGGAAUAACCGGACUUCUUUUGCUCAGUGGCAGUCGGAGCAAAGCUGAGCAUGGCAAAGCUCCGGGUGCUAAAUUGAGGGAUGAUGUUUUAUUAAAGCAGCCGUACGGAUGAAUAUUUUACACGCUUCUCCGCCUCCUAGAUAGCGACGCGCCGUGAUGCCACCAUACUUUUUAUUGGGAUGUUUUUAAGCCUGUGAUGAAAGACCAGUUACCAUGUCUCCUUUCUUCUUGCUGAGGGCCGCUCGAUGCAAACGACGAGGCGACCAUGAUGGAGACGUCGGUGCGGGUGCUGCUGGGUGAGACUGGGGGUGACGCAGCCGAAUUCGGGUCUCUUGCGCCGCUGUGGGCGGAACGCUACGUGCCAGAGGCCGCUGGACCGUGGAUAAGUGGAGGAGACUUCUCUAAAUAAUUCAUUUCACGCACACACGUAUAAAAGCACAUGCACUUGUGCAGAAAGACCGGAUGAAUAUUUAUAGUUAAAUUCAAGAACAUUGUCCUCCAAAUGAAGGAGUAUCGUGGUGUAACGACACCGAUGCUUCUGGCAACUUUUAGGUUUUAAACUAAAAACGACUGAUUCUGCCGUAUCAUCCGUGCCAACGUCUGCAUGCCCUUAUUAGCAGGACAUGAUACGGUCCCUCGCGUCAAUCCAACUGAAACAUCCAUAGUGGCUCUCGUGCUCUUCAAAGAUUAAUAUAAAGAAUAAUAUGAGCGCCAAACGUGAGAAAAAGCCAUCAUGUCCCAGGCGCUCAAAUUUCCAGGUUUCCAUGACAUCCAUUUUCUUCCGCUUAUCUGGAAGUCUCAGCAAUCUCUGGACACUCUUCCAGUUCCACCCGGAGGACACCGAGGUGUUCCCAGGGCAGCUGUGACACAUACUGUAAUCCCUGCAGUGUCCCGGGUCUGAACGGGACCUCAAAGUCCUUUUGACCUUCUGGUUUUCAAGGACAAGGUCAAAAAAGUUAGCACAGGGAUGACUAGCUCAUGGCGGCGUUCCUUUGUGAUCCCUCCACGUGGGCUCUUAGGGUUUAUUGUUCAGGUUUUACUUUGCACAUGAAAGCCAAAGCAGACUAGAAUUUAGUCUGCAAAUGCCGGACUAUCGCCGUCAUAUUUCCCAAAUGUCAGAACAUUUUGUACCGCCGACAACAACAAUGUCCGUCAAACAAUGCAGUGAAUGACGUGUAGGAUUAUUCAAAUGUCACUUUUUCCAUACAUUUCUUCAUAUGAAAUACGUAUUUAUUAGGAAGGAGUGUGUUUCCAUUUCACAUAAAAAUGAUAAAUAACAUCUAAGUCAUCUUUAAUACAUAUUCACUCCUUUUUAUGGUUAUGGACGUUUGACAAAAUACACAUUUAAAUUGCGUAAUCCUGCUGAUUUUAAGUUUGUUAUUUCCCGACGGGAAACGUAACCUUUGUGACCCAAUGACACGCCUCACACGGUCAACACUGGUUUGACUCCAGGUCUGAACCGGAUCUAAACCAGCACCAAAGUUGGCUGCAGUGGGAAAUGCUAUAGGCCAGGGGUCUGGUCCCCAACAACCGGGCUGGGGACCGGUACCGGUUCAUGCCGCAUUUGCUACCGGGCCGCACAGAAAUUUUAACUAAUUUAUUAACGACUCACUGUCUCCCAUGACACCUAGAUGGGACCAUCUCGUCUCAACCAAACUAGUUUGGGCCUCCCACUGAUUCAGCGGGUGGGUUAUAUUUUCCCUGGACUUAACAUUUGCUUUCAGUCUCGUCGUUUUAUUUUAUAUUUGCGGUAUUUUUCUGCCGGUCCGUGAAAAAAAGGUUCAAAUCACAUCGGCCCGUGGUGCAAAAAAGGUUGGGUCCCCCUCCUAUAGGCGAUAGCGGUGCAGGUUAUGUUAGGUUGGAUGUAGGACGACUGCGGCGUUACAGUGUAUAUGUAAAAAGUGUAUAUCGUUGAACAGUACUGCAGACAAAUACUGUACUAGUACACCUCAUUAGCAUUCAAGCCCUUUUAAACGAUGUAAAUGCCAGCGUUAAGUCAAGAUAUGGACCAACAGACUCUAAAAAGCACGUCUUUAAAUGUUAAAAAGUCGUGUAAAACAGGACAAUUAAAGCCGAUGCAUUCCCGUCUGCUACGCUUAAACAGGAAGUCCACGUGUGGUUAAAGACACAAUGUCAUAUUGUCAGCCAGAAGUCCUCCUGAUGCUGUCACUGCAGCUCCGAGCGCACGUGACGUGUUGCAUAUGCGACGUGACAGAAGGCGCCUCAUUAUCUUCAUGGGUCCAGAGGCGUUGGAUGGUUACGCAACACUUCCCUUUGACUCAUCGUGCGCCUGUGAUCGUGUCAUGGACACUGACACCAUUAUACGCGGCGUCACUGAUACGUAUCGCCGUACGUCGCUCUGCAGACCAGCUUACCGUGUCAUUCCCUUAGCUUCGGCGUCAGUGCUUGGACACCCUGGUCCAGGUGGGUAAUAAGUCUUCCUGCCAAAUUGAACCAUGUCAUGUGACACCAUUGCAGUCAAUCAUAUAGUAACACACGUUGUGGCUGUGCUGGGGCUUCGUUAGGACCUCGUUAGGCAUUAGGGCAGGGGUGGGCAAACUUUUUGACUUGUGGGCCGCAUUGAUUUAACAACAUUGACGGGGGGGCCAGACUAUAUAAUAUUUUACACGUAACGGUCAAUUUUUACACGUAUAUUUUACACACGUUUUACAUGUAAAAGUGUCAUGCAAUCUGCUAUAUGUUCAC